GCAAGAUGGCGGACACGGGACUGGUGAAAAAUAAUUACAAGUCAAAUCAAGCCAUCAAAUCAUUACUGGAGAAAUGUGGCAUCAAAAAAGAUAAAGAUGUAGAAGAGCUGUAUUUAUCAAAUCAAGAUCUUUCAGAAGUUGUUGAUUUAACCAGAUUUAAAUUCUUGAAGAUAUUAUGGUUAAAUGCAAAUAAGUUAAGAAGUAUUAACUGUUUGACUAACAACUUCCUGUUGAAAGAACUCCAUCUAGAGAACAAUCAGCUAACAACAAUCUGUGGAAAGUUACGACAUCUGACCUGUCUUCAGGUUUUAAUGUUACAUAACAAUCAACUCACUAAACUAGAGAGAGUCGCUAAAGAAUUCAACAAAAUGCAAACUUUACACACUCUUAACCUGUUUGACAAUCCAGUAUCUCAAGAACCAGGUUACAGACUGUUAUUAAUUCAUACAGUUCCCUCCUUAAAACUCCUAGAUAGACAAGAGGUAGGGAAAACAGAAACAGACCAAGCCAGGAGAGUUUACGACCAGGAACAAGAAAAGAUAAGGGAGACAAUUGCAUUUGGUAGAAGAUCAGAAGGACCACCAGAGUUAUAUUAUCCUCCAGGUCUGGAAAGAUCACGAACCAUAGAUAUAGAAUCCAAAAAUAUAGGAAACAGUUACCUGAGAGAUAAUCCUCCUUAUGACAGCACAGAAGAAGCUGUAAAUGCUAGAAGAUUAAAGAAGUCAGUGACUGUUUUUACCACAUUUGAUUGGUCGAAAAUACCACGAUAUGAAGAAAGACGACAGAUGGACAAACCUUUUGAUUCUCCAGAAAUUAUAACACAUGUUUAUCGUUAAUUAAUUAUUUGUUAUUUUAAAAAAAAACUGUGAUAAAUUAAGAAGUAUUAGAAUUCAUUGGUGAUAAUAAAAUAUGUAUUAGAAUUCAUUGGUGAUAAUAAAAUGCGUAUUUUAAUUCAUCAGUGAUAAAAAAAUAAGUAUUAGAAUUCAUUGGUGAUAAUAAAAAUAAGUAUUAGAAUUCAUUGGUGAUAAUUGAAGUAGUAUUAGAAUUCAUUGGUGAUAACUUAAGAUUAGAAAUUCAUAGAGUAUUAAAAAAAAAAGUAUUAGAAAAAGAUUUCUAUUUAGAAUCAAACAUUUUUUCUCAGCUUCAUAUCAGUAUUUCAUGGACAUGUUGUAUAAGUGCUAUUUAUUUGUGUAAUAUAUAAGAGGAGCUUGGGUUUAAAUUUGGUCUCAGUUACAAAAAAAAUUGAAUUUUUUAUAGGGGUAUGGUAAAAUAUCAAGCAUGUUAUAUUUUAUGACUGUUUAAUUUCAUUUUAAGUUUCAUGAGUUGAUUGUAAAACCGAUCAUUUGCAACAGCUUAUUAACUGAAAGUUUCAGUACAACAUAUGUAUAUUGACCACUGCCCCCAUUAUUGAUGAAAUAUACUUUUUGGUUAUACUAUAUGACUGGUAUCAACUUAACAUAACUGUUCAAUGUUCAGAUAUUCAGUUUUUUUUUUAUGUCAAAUCGUUUUAAAUAGUUGUUUCAUUAUAAUAUUUUUUUAACGAUGAUGUAGAUCAUCACUUAUGAUAUAUUUUUUCUAACAACUAAGUAUGAUUCUACUGUGGGUAAUUGUAGUAAGAGGUACAAUCUACCAACUGAUAAUGGUACAGUCUUGCUUUAUAUUGUUGUUAUUUGUAUUUGACUAUCAUUAUAAUAAUUCUAAAUGUUGAAAUAUAAGAUUUGUGGUAUGUUAAUCAGAUUUUUUGAUUUGAUAUUAAAUUAAGAUUGUAGUUAUCUCCCUUUACUGACUACAAAUUGCUUACAAAUCCAUAAAAAGAAUCCUUACUAACAGAAUUUGGUCUUACCAAAUAUGAUUUAUUUAUAUGAAAUUAAUAUCUUAUUUUACAUUGAUAUCAUUUACUAUUAUUAUUUUGUAUAAUAUAACUAAUUUGAUUAGUUUAGUACAAGUGGCAGAAUAAUCAGAAAUGAUGGUGGCCACCAAACGGCAGAAGCAAGUUACAUGUUCAACUGUAUUUUCAAAGUAGACUGAAAACGACUGAUAGAAAAGUGAUAUUGCACAUUUAUUUUUAAAAAAUCUAAAAAUAUAGAAUUUAAAAACCUCAAUACUUUGAGACACAAUCAUAACAAGCAAUCAAGUGAAUUUCUGCUUUAUUCCAGGGAUAUUGACAAUAAUAAUAAAACAAUUAUAGCCUUUGGAUGAGGUUGAUACCAGGAUAUAUUGACCUAAACAAAUAUAUCAACCCCAGACUUUGUCUUCAGUCGAAAUACUUCUUAUAGAGUGAUAUAUCCUUGUAUCAACCUCAUUCAAAGGCUUUCUUUUAUAUUAUUCCACUGUUUAUACAUAUUUAUAGUUUAAUCAAUAUUUGAUUGGUUGAGACUAUCCCACGUGUCAUUGAACAAAUCUUCAUAUUCCCCUCUGAGUACCAUAUUCCCCUCUGAAAUAUCGGGACUACAUCUGCGACGCUUAAUGUACAUAACGUUUUGAACUUUUUUUUUUUUAAAUAGCGAUAGCAAAAAUCAUUAUCGUGUUCAAAUUUAUUUUAGACAUUAAAACAAAAAGGUUAAUAAUUAACUUUUGAUCCGUACUGUUUCUCAAUGUGUAUGUCAUGUUUAGUUAUAAAAACAAGUGGAUUCGAAAAAAAAUGUAUGCAAACUAAUAUUUUAUGUUCAGGUAGUAAACAAAGCAUAUACAUGUAUAUAUAUAGGCAGUGGAAUAAAACAUUCAUUUCCCUUUGCCUCGGUAGAUAUGAAGAUUUGCUUACCCUCGAAAAAUCAUAUUUCCCUCGGGCACAGCCCUCGUGAAAUAUGAAUAUUCUCGGGUGAAAAAAUCUUCAUAUCUCCCUCGGGCAUGGGAUUUAAAUGUAUAGUAUUCCACCAUACAAAAUUUGAAUUACAAUUUUUUUUUCUCACUAAAUCAAGUUUCUGCAAUCGUCAGUUUCCAGUUUGAUGUGUGCAGGACUAUUUAAUCACUUCGUUUGUAAUAAUACUUAUUUUCCUGUCCAAUUGUCCAACACAAAGUAUCGUCAGAUUUUUAAUGAUCUCAAUUUCUUUACAUAAUAUAUAUAUAAUAUACAAACAGUCUAGUAUUAUAAUAUUUUUAAACUUAAAAUAUAGUUGAGGAAUAAAAUAUAUGUAAUUCUUUUUUUUUGUCAAAUGUUAGUACUAUUGUUCUUAAACAGUCCUGUCCUAUUUCUCUUUAUUAAUAUAAUAGUUGAUAUUUGGGAGGGGAAGGUACUUGUCUGUUUCUAUGUGAAAACAGGCUUGUUUUUAUUUUAUUUAUAAUUGGGGGCAAUAAAUUAUUGUUAUUUUACUAGAACAUAUUUUUUUUAUGACAGUGCUCAUACAACAAUAAUUAACUUGAUUUUUUGAUUGAUUUAUUUAAUGUACCAUUUUUUAGGCCUAAAAAUAGCAGAUUUGUGAGAAGUAUCAUCACUAUAUUUUUAUAUUAUUUUAUUCCAUUGGUGAAAGCCAUGUUAAUAUUGUAUUGACAUUGGAUGCUUGAUUUUUAUGUUUUUGUUUGUGUUUGCACUAGUUUUGUAAAAUGACAUUCCAUAAAUUUAUUUUUGUUGACAUUUUUUAAGCAAUACGUAUUGCAUUUAUUAUGAAUAAUAAAAUUUUACAAUGUAAAGAA